UAGCUCACAACAUCCGGUCUUGUUUCCUGUUUCCAUAUAUGGAGCCGCAUUUUGCUGCAACGAUGCCAGUCGGAAUCAUCCAGAGCCUUCAGAAGUGAAUCAGCUAAUCAAUAAAGUUCUCUUAUUUUACGAUGAUGUGAAUGGCUCCAUCCCGUCAGAACCAGCAGAAUGAACCGCCUGAGUUCGGCCGUCCCCGCAGAGCAGUACCUCGCGGACAGCCAGGUUCUGUUCUACCUGAAUGAUGCCGUGACCCAGUUGCUGGACCAUAAGGAGGAGUACACCCAGUUCGGCCUGGUUCGGUACUUCGCAGAAUACUUCAGCAGUGUGAAGAACAGCAACCAUGUCCUCUUCAGGGAGUUGAACUACAUCAGAGCCACGCAGCACAACAGAGCGUCCUUCAUCAGAGUCUUCUGGAGAUGCUUCAGGCAGAUCGGCAAGAGUGGAGAUUUGCUGUCGGUGCCGGAGUACAGGUCCCUGCUGCAGCUGCUGUGCCCUGACUUCCCACUGGAGGCAGUGCAGAGCGCCUCCAGAAUUGUUCUGGCAGACGACAUCUCUGAUGGCCUGAUGUCUUUCUCUGACUUCAUUUAUGCCUUCCAGCUGCAGUUCUGCUACCAAGAGUUCCUGGACAGCGUCCAGGUGAUCUACCAGGAUCUGCUAGCCGGGAAGAGUCCCAACACCGUCAUCGUCCCCACGUCGUCCUCCGUCGAGCAGCUUGUCUCCGUGGCAACAGAGGAGAGCGACAGGGAGGAGCAGCAGCAGGACGCCGUGGAUUCGUCCACGCUGGCUGAGUGUGUGGACGCACUUUGUGAACGGUUCAAGCACAGCUGUCCCUCCAGGACGUGCCUGAGGGAAGUACUGGAGCAGACAGACAAAGUUUCUUAUUACGGCUUCCUCCAGAGUCUGGCCAACCAUGAGAGCAUCAACCAAACGAUCGGAGCGUUACCCAGCAAGGAGGAGCUGCUCAUCGACCCAGAAAUGGACCAAGAACUCGACAAGCUAAUCGCUCAGAUCUCUGUGAGCCCCGGCAGCAACAGCAGCGGCAGCGCCAUUGGGGGGCUGAAGGAGGUGCAGAGGCGCGCCUCCCCACGCAGGAACAUCCACCACCGGAGGAAGAUGGAGGUGGAGAGCGACGGCUCCACCGAGGAAACGGACUCCUCUGAAAACUGAACCGGGUCCAUGCAGUCCGUCUCAAAGAGCAGAGUCGCCAUAUGGAGGGCUUAGUCUUAGCAGGCAAACACAUUCUAAUAAAAAACUGCAAUACAAACCCACAUUACGUCAGAUAGUGCCGUAAAAACACGCAUGACAGAGAUAUCAAAGUGACAUCAUUUGAUCUGUACACUUUUCCACUUUUUCUCUGUAAACUAAGAAAUAUCGUUCAUUUUUUAAGUUUAUAGUUCAUUAUUCAGCGCCUCUUAUCUUUCUGAUACAGACUUUCUUGUGCAAUCUUAGACUUUCUCAGUCUUUCUGAAACUGUUCACAUUUUUUUCCCUUUGGGUUUUACUCAUUUUCAUUGGAACUCUUGUAGCUGUGCAUUUUCAGAGGAAUUUAGCUUAACAUAUUUUAAGCUGGUUAGCUGGGUUUAGCUUGCCUUAGCUUCUCUUACUGUAUUUGAGUGUAACAUAGUUGGCUUAGCUAAUUUUAGCCUAGCUUAACCCAAAUCUAGCUUUGCUUACUUUGAUUUAGUUUUUCUUGGUUUAAUGUAGCUUAGCCAAGAUUAGCAUGUGUUAGCUUCACUAAGUUUAUGUCAGAUUAGCUUGAUUCAACUUAGUUUACCUUAACUUAACCUUUCUUGACUUAGUUCGGUUUAACUUAGCUUGGUAGCUAAACCUUAAUUUAACUUAGUUUGGGUUAGUUUAGUGUACCUUAGGUUCACUAAGCUAAAAUAAAGUGAGAGAUAAACUGACUUAGCUUUAAUUUAGCUUUCCUUAGCAUCUCCUAAUUUUGCUCAGUUUUGUUAGUUCUGUAGCCUGCAUUAUGUUAACUUAGUUUAGCUAUCCAAACAUAGCUAAGGCUAGUUUAACAAUUAGCCCAAAAUACAUUAGCUUGAUUUUAGCUUUGUUUAGGUCAAAUCAUGAGCGUUCCUCUUUUUUUCUUGAGCUAUUUGUUAUUUUUAUACACAAAACUCUCAAGUCAUUCUCAAGCAAAGCUAAUAAUCUUUUAUCUCUAAUUGAAUUUGUGCUAAGCUAACCUGCUGUCAUUUCAUUGUGCCACCAUGAAUGUUACAUCAGUUUUAAAUCUGAACUUAUCAAAGUAGUAGGUUUAAUAAAGUUCUUUUUAAAUAAAUUUUAUCUGAUUGAGUAAAUUCAAUGCAGCUGCAUAGCAAUAAUUAAGGACUUUGAAAGAGCUUCAGAAAGCACAGAGAACAAUUUAAUAGAUUACUAAUAAGUCUAAGUAAAAUCUGAAGAGCAUCUGGAUGUGAACAGAAACAUUUUUCAGUUGUUUGUACCUUUUAUUUUUAUCUUUGUUUCUUAAAGUAAUAUUUCUGAUGUAAAGCUCAGUUUUGCGUUUGCUAAUGUCAAAAUUUUAGAUCGUUACAUCUGUGGUAUUUAUGGAAAACAAGCUCUAUUGAAAUGUUGACAACAAAGCAAACAUUUUAUGAAUGUACCUUACAAACAACAUGUAGCCUAUCUGUUCUUGAAGAUGUCAUAUAUGAAUAAAUGUAGAAAUACUAAAUCAGUCCGUCCCAUUCAUGUAGUCAAUAGUUGCAAGCGUCUCUUCUUCGUUUCUGACCUGCUGCUGCGUUAGAUGUUUAUGAUAAAUUAGAUAUUAACCCUGUGUCAGUCACCUGUUUAUGCAAUUAUGACUUCUUACUAUGAAAUGAUUUAAAAUCUAAUUCAAAAUGUCUGCAGCUUCCCUCACUGAUUAAUAAAAGAUGUAACUGUGAUGCCA